UUUACGUAAUCACACUGUCGUUCAUUAAUGCAAAGUUGCUGGACGCUGACGUUGACGAGCACCUCAAAUGCACCGUCGUAAAGCAGCCCUUUGUGCUUUUCAGCUCACGCAGCGCAAGUGUGCAUCAACGGCAGCCAAAGCCAAGCCUUCGGAAUGGGCUUCCGUAGACCCCAUCCUUCCUCCACAAUCAACCCUGAGCAAGUGGGCCAGAGCGCCAACGACGUCCUUUAGUCGCGAGUCUGAUGAUUUCCGAGGCGUACCUUUGCGUGGUGGACCUGCUCCUUCCGCUUCAAAAUGGGCUCGUCCCGCAACUCCUCAAUCACGACCUGGCACGAGUAAUUUUCUCGCAAGGACAUCUGAUGCUUCUAGUCGUGGCUCCACUUCUAGUCAGAAAUUGCAACGAGACCAAGCGCCUCAUAUGGGGGCGCGCCCGUCUCCCCCUCACAAGCAGUCUCAAGACCCACCCAGAAGACAGCGAGAGGAGCAUCAUGGAGACCGCAGAAUUUGGAAGGGAGAGGAAUCGUCGCAGAAUACAGCAGUUUCAAAAACAGAGCAAGAGAAGCCUCGCUUCUCUGCAGCAUUUACUUUGGACAACGACUUGGAUGUUGGCCGAAAUAGACGUCCUGCGCGGGUGAACUUGAAGGAUCGAGGUUCACUUCGGCACGCUAGAGAUGCUGCAAUUCCUAGCCAUUCACGAAUACAACAGAUCAACCCAAAGCAUGCCGCAAAAGCAAAAAAGGCGAAGGUUCACUCAAAAAAAGUAGCUGUCGAUGUAUACAUCCCUACAACAGUUUCUGUUGGUCAACUAGCAAGACUAUUAAAUGUGCGGCAGACACUACUUCAACGCAAGAUGGUCGAGGCAGGGAUGGCAGCUGAGGCGUCGUAUGAUGAAUUUGGCCGCAAUCCCAUCAUCAAUGAUGAAGCUGCUUUUGAUAUAUAUCCCCCUGUUUCACAUCCUGACCCAAGUACUCUUCCGACACGCCCACCCAUCAUUACUAUCAUGGGUCACGUUGACCACGGUAAAACCACUCUUCUAGAUACCCUUCGUUCAGCGUCUGUUGCUGAUGGUGAGGCUGGUGGUAUUACGCAACAUAUCGGUGCGUUCUCGGUACCUGUCAAGGGAUCCUCUAGUGGGACCAUUACCUUUCUUGACACACCCGGACAUGCUGCCUUUUCUGCAAUGCGCUCGCGUGGUGCCAGUGUUACGGACAUAGUUGUCCUUGUGGUCGCAGCGGAUGAUGGUGUGAUGCCUCAGACAAAAGAGGUUAUCGAGCUUAUCAAGGGAGAGCAGGACAAGCUUGGGGUUGUUGUGGCUAUCAACAAGGUUGAUAAGCCAGAUGCGGACGUGGAAAAAGUUCAGCAUGCACUCCUUGCUGAGGGCAUCCAGCUGGAGGCAUUUGGAGGAGACAUCCCGUCCGUCGAGGUGUCCGGACUGACGGGGCAUGGAUUGGAAGAUCUAAUAGACACCCUGUCGUUGAUGUCCGAGGUGCAGGACUUACGCGCAGAGCGAGAUGGGCCAGCCUAUGGCCAUGUCAUUGAAUCAAGGAUGCACAAAGGUCUUGGCUCCACCGCGACAGUCUUGGUUUUACGUGGAUGUUUAACUCCCGGUGCUCACAUCCUGGCAGGCACAUCUUCCGGGAAAGUCCGUCUGAUGUCGGAUUCAUCUGGUGCACCUGUUAAGGCUGCAUAUCCUGGAAUGGCGGUCACCGUAUCUGGGUGGCGGUCACUUCCGGGCGCAGGUGAUGAAGUUGUGCAGGGUAGCGAGGGCGACGUAAAGAAAGCUCUCGCGAAUAGGGUUAGGAAGAAGGAAGUGGAAACCGUUUUGAUUGAUGCGGAGGCAAUUAAUAUUGCUCGCGCCGCAGAACGCGAAAGAGUCCGGAGGGAAGAGGAUAAGAGUCAAGAUGUGAGGAAUGUAUUAGAUGGCGGCCCUAAGGAGCUCCGGUUGGUGAUCAAGGGUGAUGUGAGCGGGAGUGUUGAGGCCGUUGUGGGCGCGCUGGAAGGAAUCGGGAAUGAAAAGGCUCGAGUUAAGGUCGUAUCCACAGGGGUAGGGGAUGUAAUGGAGAGCGAUGUGAUGAUGGCCAAGGCCGCUGAAGGUAUGAUUGUUGCCUUCUCAGUCAACAUUCCGCGUUCAGUGGAGACUGCUGCGGCGCAGAACCACAUCCCAAUUUACUCGUCCAAAAUCAUCUAUCGGAUCAUGGACGAGGUCCGAGACCGUGUCACCUCAUUGCUGCCUUGCACCUAUGAGACAAAAGUCACCGGCGAGGCGACUGUUUUGCAGCUUUUCGAUAUCCACUUAAAAGGGAAGGCAACCAAGAAGAUAGCAGGUUGCAGAGUCAGCAAUGGCACCGUUGAGAAGUCUAAAGGGGCCCGAGUCGUGCGCAAUGGUCAAGUAAUUCAUGAGGGUGUCCUCGAUGCGCUUAAGCAACUCAAGAAGGACGUGUCAGAGGUGAAGAAAGGUACUGAAUGUGGGAUCGGCCUGCAGGACUAUGAGGAUUUGCAGGAUGGCGAUCUGAUACAGAUGUAUCAGACGAUCGAGAUACCUGGCGUAUUAUGAUCUGGGACGAUUCAAACUAUCGCUAUGGUAUUUUUAUUCUUACACUAGAAAUCUAGAGUUUUCACGUAUUCCCCUUUCAAUCCUCUAAUCCACUCUAUUUGUGUUUUGCUCAUCAAGCACUAGAUCUUUGCCCCCGAUGGUACCCGUCCGGCCACCUACACCGAAAGUCAAGCUGAUGUUGCCGAGAUCGCGAGUUGUCUUUUCGAGCAAAGUCCAGCUCCUGGUAUCAAGUUUCUUAAGGACUGCUUC